CCACUUCUUGCAGCGCGUCGGUUUUGAAGCUUCCUUUGCUAACUUCAUUCUUCAUCAGUUUUCUCGUGUGCUCAGGAGUUCUUAAAUAAAAUUAUGGCUGACGACCAGGAAAGAGGACGCAGACGUUUAAUUGAACGCUUAAAUUCCCGAGGAAGUGGAGAUGAGCCGCGCAGCAAAAUAUUCAAGGAAGACCGAUCCGAUGAAUUGCGAACGGAUCGAGCAGGGCCUUCGAGAUCUAGUUCUUCGACCGAUCGCAGAGACAAUCCGUUCGAUCAAGAAAGACCUGGAAGUAGCCGAGCGCCAUCAUUGGGAGCUCCCAGUCAAGAGAGAUCGGAAAAAGGUGGUUCGGCAGAAGGUAGAUCGCGGCGCGAUCGCUUUGAUAUCGUGCACACGCGUCCGGCUGAAUUGGUAUCUAAGAAGGGAGCAGAGGGAAACAAGGUCCUGUUGCAGACCAACUUCUUUCGACUAAAUACUAAGCCAGAUUGGCGUAUUGUCCAUUACCAUGUGGAGUUUGAGCCGACCAUCGAGAACCCUCGUGUCCGUAUGGGAAUAUUGUCAAAUCACGCAGAUGUCUUAGGAUCAGGCUAUCUGUUUGAUGGGAUGCAACUCUUCACUACCCGGAAAUUCGAACAAGAACUAACUAUGCUGAAGGGGAGGUCUAAACUAGACAUCGAAUACACAAUAAAGAUUAAGUGUGUAGGUUUUAUAUCGUCGGCCGAGCCUCGGUUUUUGCAGGUUCUCAACCUAAUUUUGAGACGCUCCAUGAAAGGCUUGAACCUGGAAUUGGUCGGUCGUAAUCUUUUUGAUCCCCAAGCUAAGAUUCAAAUAAGAGAAUUCAGAAUGGAACUAUGGCCGGGCUACGAAACAUCGAUCCGUCAGCACGAAAAAGACAUUCUUUUGUGCACCGAAAUAGCGCACAAGGUCAUGCGCACUGAGACGGUAUACGAUAUAUUGCGACGUUGUUCUCAAAAUCCCUCGCGUCAUCAGGACGAAUUUCGUCGUAGUGUCUUGGAUCUAGUUGUUCUCACAGAUUACAACAACAAAACAUACCGCGUCAAUGAUGUAGACUUUGGUCAAACUCCAAAAUCGACAUUCAGCUGCAAAGGAAGGGAUAUCAGUUUUGUGGACUAUUAUCAAAAUAAAUACAACAUCCGCAUACGGGACCAUAAUCAACCGUUGUUGAUUUCAAAAAACAGGGACAAGGCUCAGAAAACCAAUGCAGAUGAGUUAGUAGUCCUAAUUCCAGAGCUUUGCCGAGUGACAGGGUUAACUGACGACAUGCGUGCAAAUUUCCAGUUAAUGCGAUCCAUGGCGGCUUACACACGAAUGAAGCCACAGCAACGCAUUGACCGAUUGCGCUCUUUCAACCAACGAUUACAAAGCACUCCCGAGAGUGUUAAAGUUUUGAAAGACUGGCACAUGGAUCUGGACAGGAAGCUUACUGAAGUACAAGGCCGGAUAAUAAAACCGCAAAAAAUUGUGUUUCUCGACUCCAAGGUUUCUGCUGGUGAAACCGCAGAUUGGACCCGACAGUUCCGAGACCAAAGAAUGCUUACCACUCCAAGUAACGGUAUUGAUCGUUGGGCUAUCAUCGCGCCCGAAAAAAGCUCCCAUAGUCUAAGGACUUUGCUUCAGAAUUUGUUUAGAGCAGCAGGUGGAAUGGGCCUUAACAUAAGAAGCCCCCAUGAAGUUCUAAUUUAUGAUGAUCGCACGGGAACUUAUAUCAGAGCAUUGGAUGAUUGUGCUCGCAUGGAUCCAAAACUCAUCCUUUGCCUUGUUCCCAAUAACAACGUUGAAAGAUACUCGGCAAUUAAGAAGAGAGGAUAUGUUGACAAAGCAGUGCCAACUCAAGUCGUAACGCUUAAAACGGCUAACGUGCGUAGUCUAAUGAGCAUUGCCACCAAAAUUGCAAUUCAACUGAAUUGCAAAUUGGGGUAUACCCCAUGGAUGAUUGAGCUGCCCUUGUCUCAGCUGAUGACGAUCGGGUUCGACAUUGCGAAGAGCACCCGGGACCGCAAGAGAGCCUAUGGGGCAUUGGUCGCUUCCAUGGACCUUCAGCAAAACUCCACGUACUUCAGCACCGUUUCCGAGUGCAACGCCUUCGAUGUGCUGGCCAACACCCUUUGGCCAAUGAUAGCAAAGGCGCUGCGUCAGUACCAGCGAGAGCAUAAUCAUCUCCCUGCUCGUAUCGUUUUUUAUCGAGACGGUGUCAGCUCGGGCUCUCUUAAGCAGCUUUUCGAGUACGAAGUAAAGGACGUCGUGGAGAAGUUGGAGACUGAGUACAAGCGAGCCGGUCUCGCACCCCCGCAGUUAGCUUAUAUUGUGGUCACAAGAUCGAUGAACGCACGUUUUUUCCUCAACGGCCAAAAUCCUCCGCCAGGAACAGUCGUCGACGACGUAAUUACUCUUCCCGAGAGGUAUGACUUUUACCUCGUUUCCCAACAAGUCCACCAGGGUACCGUGUCUCCCACUACCUACAAUGUGGUUUAUAGUACCAUGGGAAUAAGCCCAGAUAGAAUGCAAAUGCUUACUUAUAAGAUGUGCCAUUUGUACUACAAUUGGUCAGGCACCACACGUGUACCGGCUGUUUGCCAGUAUGCCAAGAAAUUAGCUACCCUUGUCGGUACGAACUUGCACGCCAUUCCGCAGAAUGCGCUUGAAAAGAAGUUUUAUUAUCUCUAAUUUGAUAUAUAGAUAUAAGUUUAAAGCUUGAAUCUUCUAAGGCAGUGAACGAAGUUAGCCUUUUUUCGUUUACUUUACUUGUUUACUUUUUCUUUAAGAAAGUUUCUAUUAAAGUUGACCUACCUAAAUAAAGUCUUCUUCAUAAAGAAACCAUGUUUAAAUUUUUGCAUUUACCUACUUGUUACUUAUGCAUUUGUGACUACUUCAACUUCAAAACCCAAAACCCAAUAAAAUGAUCAAUUUUCGAAAUAAAAAAUACAAA